AUGCUGCGCGGCGCCGCCUGGACGCUGCUCGUGGCCGCGGCCCUGGGGCUCGGGGCUCGGGGCGCGCGGGGCGCGGUGGCCCUGGCCGACUUCUACGCCUUCGGCGCGGAGCGCGGGGACGCGGCCACCCCGAAGCAGGACGACGGCGGCUCGGGGCUGCGGCCGCUCUCCCUGCCCUUCCCCUUCUUCGGCGCCGAGCACUCGGGCCUCUACGUGAACAAUAACGGGAUCAUCUCCUUCCUGAAGGAGGUCUCUCAGUUUACCCCAGUGGCCUUUCCCAUCGCCAAGGACCGCUGCGUGGUGGCAGCCUUCUGGGCAGAUGUGGACAAUCGACGUGCGGGUGAUGUGUACUACCGGGAGGCCACUGACCCGGCCACGCUGCGCAGAGCCACAGAGGAUGUCAGGCGAUACUUCCCUGAGCUCCCGGACUUCUCUGCUACCUGGGUUUUCAUAGCCACCUGGUACCGCGUGACCUUCUUUGGAGGCAGCGCCUCUUCCCCUGUCAACACGUUCCAGACCGUGCUUAUCACGGACGGCAAGUUCUCCUUCACCAUCUUCAACUAUGAGUCCAUCACGUGGACCACGGGCACACACGCCAGCAGCGGGGGCGACUCCACUGGCCUGGGGGGCAUCGCAGCCCAGGCCGGCUUCAAUGCGGGUGACGGGAGGCGCUACUUCAGCAUCCCCGGCUCCCGCACGGCGGACAUGGCCGACGUGGAGACCACCACCAACGUGGGCGUGCCCGGGCGCUGGGCGUUCAGAAUCGAUGAUGCCCAGGUGCGCGUGGGGGGCUGCAGCCAUACAACAUCCGUGUGCCUGGCCCUGCGCCCUUGCCUCAACGGCGGCAAGUGCAUUGAUGACUGCGUCACAGGCAACCCCUCCUACACCUGCUCCUGCCUCUCAGGCUUCACGGGGAGGAGAUGUCACCUAGACGUGAACGAAUGUGCUUCCCACCCAUGUCAGAAUGGUGGGACCUGCACACAUGGUGUCAACAGCUUCAGCUGCCAGUGCCCGGCCAGCUUCGGGGGACCCACCUGUGAGACAGCACUGUCUCCAUGCGAUGCCAAGGUGUGCGAGAACGGCGGCCGGUGCCAGGCAGAGCAGGGCUUGGCAGUGUGCCUGUGCCGGGCCGGCUACACGGGCGAGGCCUGCGAGACGGAUGUGGACGAAUGUGCCUCCGGCCCGUGCCUCAACGGGGGCUCGUGUGUUGACCUCGUGGGGAACUUCACCUGCCUGUGCGCAGAGCCCUUCGAGGGACCUCGCUGCGAGACAGGAAGCCACCCAGUGCCAGAGGCCUGCCUCUCAGCCCCGUGCCAGAAUGGGGGCACCUGCGUGGACGCAGAUGAGGGCUACGUGUGCGAGUGCCCCCAGGGCUUCACCGGCCCCGACUGCAGGGAGAGAACCCCUGACCACUGUGAGUGCCGUAACGGUGGCAGAUGCCUGGGUGCCAACACUACCCUCUGCCAGUGCCCCCCAGGCUUCUUUGGGCUCCUCUGUGAAUUUGAAGUCACAGCCACGCCUUGCAACAUGAACACCCAGUGCCCCGACGGGGGCUACUGCAUGGAGUACGGUGGGAGCUACCUCUGCGUCUGCCACACUGACCACAACGCCAGCCACCCACUGCCGUCACCCUGCGACUCAGACCCCUGCUUCAACGGAGGCUCCUGUGACGCCCAUGAGGACACCUACACUUGCGAGUGCCCCCGAGGGUUCCAUGGCAGGCACUGCGAGAAAGCCCGGCCACGCCUGUGCAGCUCGGGACCCUGCCGGAACGGGGGCACGUGCAGGGAGGCGGGCAGCGAGUACCACUGCAGCUGCCCCUACCGCUUCACCGGGAGGCACUGCGAGAUCGGGAAGCCAGACUCCUGUGCCUCGGGCCCCUGUCACAACGGCGGCACCUGCUUCCACUACAUUGGCAAAUACAAGUGUGACUGUCCCCCAGGCUUCUCUGGGCGACACUGCGAGAUAGCCCCCUCCCCCUGCUUCCGGAGCCCCUGCAUGAAUGGGGGCACCUGUGAGGACCUGGGCACAGAUUUCUCCUGCCGCUGCCGAUCAGGGUACACAGGACGCCGGUGCCAGGCAGAGGUGGACUGUGGCCCCCCAGCGGAGGUGAAACAUGCCACGCUGCGCUUCAACGGCACUCGGCUGGGCUCGGUGGCCCUGUACAAGUGUGACCAAGGCUACAGCCUGAGCUCUCCCAACCCCGUCCGCAUCUGCCAGCCACAGGGCGUCUGGAGUGAACCUCCACAGUGCCACGAGACAGACGAGUGCCAAGCACAGCCCUGCAGAAACGGAGGCUCCUGCAGGGACCUCCCGGGGGCCUUUGUGUGCCAGUGCCCUGCGGGCUUCACUGGAGUCCACUGCGAGACAGAGGUGGAUGCGUGCCACUCCAGCCCCUGCCAGCACGGAGGCCGGUGCGAGAACGGUGGCGGGGCCUACCUGUGCGUCUGCCCGGAGGGCUUCUUCGGCUACCACUGCGAGACAGUGAGUGACCCCUGCUUCUCCAGCCCCUGUGGGGGCCGCGGCUACUGCUUGGCCAGCAAUGGGUCCCACAGCUGCACCUGCAAAGUGGGCUACACGGGCAAGGAUUGCGCCAAAGAGCUCUUCCCACCAACGGCCCUCAAGGUGGAGCGAGUGGAAGAGAGUGGGGUCUCCAUCUCCUGGCGUCCACCUGAAGGCCAGGCCGCCAGGCAGAUGCUGGAUGGCUACGCGGUCACCUACACUUCCUCGGACGGUGCCUACCGCCGCACAGACUUCGUGGACCGGAGCCGCUCCGCGCACCAGCUGCGGGCCCUGGCGGCUGGCAGAGCCUACAACAUCUCCGUGUUCUCGGUCAAACGCAAUGCCAACAACAAGAACGACAUCAGCAGGCCGGUGCUGCUGCUCACCCGCACACGACCCCGCCCUGUUGAGGGCCUCGAGGUCACCAAUGUGACAGCCAGCGCCAUCUCAGUGCGGUGGGCUCUGCACAGGAUCCGUCACGCUACCGUCAGCAGCGUCCGCCUGUCCAUCCGGCACCCUGAGGCCCAGGAGGACCAGUCCACCGACCUGGACAAGAGUGUGGACAAGUUCACAUUUGGGGCCCUGCUGCCAGGAAGGAGAUACGCCAUCCAGGCGAUUGCCCUCAGUGGGCUUGGGGGGCACGAGCCUCCCACCGAGAGCCUGGCCUCGGCCCCGCUGCACGUGUGGACCCGGCCCCUGCCGCCAGCAAACCUGACGGCUGCCAGAGUCACAGCCACCUCUGCCCACGUGGUCUGGGACACCCCCACUCCAAACACCUUGCUGGAGGCGUAUGUCAUCAACGUGACCACCAGCCAGAGCACCAAGAGCCGCUACGUCCCCAACGGGAGGCUGACAUCCUACACAGUGCGGGACCUGAUGCCAGGACGGCGGUACCAGCUGUCGGUGACCGCCGUGCAGAGCGCGGAGGGCGACCAGCUGCACAGCGACCCUGCCCACCUCUACAUCAUCACCUCCGCGAGGGACGGCGCCGACAGACGCUGGCACAGGGAGGGGCUGCAUCCCCGGGUGCUCCGGAACAGACCGCCGCCCGCGCGCCUGCCGGAGCUGCGCCUGCUCAGUGACCGCGAAGUGCCUGAAACCCAGACCCCGGCCCCCAGGUUCUCGGAGCUGGUGGACGGCAGAGGGCGAGUGAGUGCCAAGUUUGGGGGCUCGCCUGGCAAAUCGGUCACCGUGAGAUCGCAACCCACGGCUGUGGUGCAGCUUGAGAACACGGAGGAGGCCCCCAAGCAGGUGCCUGAGCAGGUCAGCCUGGCCCUCCAGCUGCCCGAACAUGGCAGCGACAAGGACGUGGCAAUAUCAGACGUUUCAUUUCCUAAGCUCGGGAACUAGUGGAUGUGAUUACCUGCCCUGGCUCCCUUCUGAAGGAAAGAGUCAAGGUGGCACCAGACUGGCCCCAGAUGUCACUGCAGUCUGCAGUGUUUGCCACCCUGAGGUAUGCAGGCUGGCCGGGGGAGGGCAGGAGUGAUUUUAGGUGAUAAAGAGGGAAAAAAUCAUUAAUGGUCCCCUGGGUGCACAAAGUGAAUCAUGGUUUUUUGUUCCUGUUACGUCUGUAACGGGUGCAUGACAAGCCCCUUCUAUUUAGUAAGUUAGCUUCUGCUGCGAGGAUGGCCUUAGAUCUGGAACCCAGCCCGUAACCUAUAUCUUGCUGUGGUCCCCCCAGUUAGCCUGGAGCAUGGAUUCUGUGCUCACAGUCCCUUCGCUCUGCUGCAGGGUGGGCGGUGGGGAGGGAUCUCAGCGCAUAUCCACGUGGGUCUGAGCAGCUGCAGGUGUUUUGUUAUAAGCUGACUGACCUGCUGUGCAUAGCCACCCCGACUUGUGUGCUCACCCCGCGUCUGCAGUGAGGCCGGUCAGUGCUGUUGAGUGGCCGCAGCUCACUCUCCCCACUGAGCAUCUGACCUGUGGGUGACUUCACCAUGGCUUCAUCCACUCGGCUCACACAGCACCUGAGCUGUGUCUGGCUGUUAUCAGCAAGCGCCACUAUGCUAUUCUUACACACGUCUUCUGGCACAUGUGCGAGAGUACAAAUGCUGGGGCUUGGGAUGUGUGGAAGCCCGAAUCACAAGAGAACACUAAGUUGUUUUCUAAGUGAGGACAUCAGUUUAUACUCCUUCCAUCUGCGAUCAAGACACGUGGUGAACCCAGUCUCUCCAGAACCUACCUUGCUGGGGUUCCAGGUCGUGCCAGCAGCAUGGGUGUGAAGUGCACCCCUUGAGAUCUGGACUUCCAUCUCUUGAAUGCUGAUACGGUCAAGCACUUUUCAUUCAUUCAUUCAAAGUGGGCUCUGGGUCCACUGCUCUGUUGCAAUGUUUGGACUCCGUGGAGCCAACACUAGGGAUUUCAGCGGCCCUAUCUUUGGUAAGGCUCGCUGUCCCGCAGUGCCCACCUGCUCUUGGUCCUGUACAUUUCUAAAAAAGUUUAUAAUCAGCUUAUCCCAUCAGAGUUCUUGUUGGUACUUUACCUGGCCAAAUUUCUGAGGCCCCAUCUGCCUGAAAAUACUCUUACUAGCACUCACACUUGAAGGGUAAAUUGAGUGGCUCAAAGGUCCUCUACCUUCAGCUCUUCAAACAUUAGUCCCCUGUCCUCUUCUGAGCAGUACUGCUGACAGUGGGUGUCAAGUCUUUUUCUUGUCUCCUUGUAGUGUGUCUGCUCAUUUUCCCUGGAAGCUGUUAGACUCUUCUUUUUCAUGGAAAGUAGGAUCCCCAGAGAGCCCUAGAUACCCACAGAGCACAAUUAACACUCUUGAUUGGAGUUUCCUCAUCAAGCAUCUCUCCGGGUUAGGUCCACACAUUUGAGCUCCAAGGGGGAAGCUCAGGGAGAAGAGGAGGGUCCCUAAGAUUGUAACCUGCCACCAUGGGGAUCUGGAGUAGACACUGAGGCUAGUCUAAUCUUCCUGUUUUCUUCAAAUUCUCACACCAGCAGGGCUUUGAAACUCUCCUGGUUUUAUCCCCUGGAUGCCGGAGAGAAGCAGGCAGUAGCAGGCAAGGGCAGAACUUAAACUUCUUUACUCUGCAACUUAUUGUCAAAUAGGAGCACCCACUGCCACCACCCCAGACUGCAGCCAUAUUUCUGUUCCCCAUCCUGUUCACAACAGCCAUUUCUCUAUCUUUAUUUAAUGUGUAUGUGUGUCACAAUAAGCUCAGGAUUCAGUAGGCAGUGCCCUGGUAAAAACCCUACUGCUGCACAAACUGCAGGCAUAAGGCUUCAGGCGCCCAAGAAUGGAAUGAAUUAUCAGUCAGGCUCUGCAACCUGCUGUCCCAGGUACAAAGGGUGAGGACUGCUGGCAUGGGUUCACAGGUCCUAAAUACCCCUGCACACUGCCAUGUUCUGUAAGGUUGUCCUAAAAUAUCUCUGGACAAUUGUUUAUAGUGUGUAGAUCUCAUGUCCUAUUUGACACCCCAUUUUCAAAACUUACUACAAAGCAGCAGUAAUCAGGUCAGUGAAAUACUGGCACAAGGACAGACUUACGAUCAACGAAAUAGAAUUGAGAGUCAAGAAAUAAACCCACACGUCUCUGGUCAACUGAUUUCAACAAGGGGCCAAGACCAUUCAAUGGAGAAAGAACAGUCUUUAACAAAUGGUGCUGGGAACACUGGAUAACCACAUGCAAAAGGAUGAAGUCAGACCCCUACCUCACACCAUAUACAAAAUUAACUCAAAAUAGAUCAAAUACCUAAAUCUAAGAACUAAAACUAUAAAACUCUUAGAAAAAAAACAGGAGUAAGUCUUCAUGACCUUGGAUUGGCAAAAGAUUUUAAAUAUGACACCAAAACCAUGAGCAACAAAUGAGGAAAAAAAGACAGAAUAGACUUCCUCAAAAUGUGCUCUUUGUGCUUCAAAGGAUGCCAUUAAAAUA